GGGCUGGGCAUGCCAGCAGGCGCUUCGCCGCCUGGCCGCACAGACCUCUCUUGAUGGAGCGGGGACAAAGGUUUUGUUCUUCUCCCAACACUGCAGCCUUGUGCGGCCGCGGCGGGCAGCGGCGACAGGCAGCAGCCAGCGCGGCCCCCACGCUCCCACGCCGCGGCGCAGAGGGGGAGCUUCUCCUCCUUUGUCUGCUCCCGGCGAGAGCGGCAGCCGGUGCGCGGCAGCGCCGGAGCAGCCGGGGAAGGGCCUUGGCAGGAGCCGCGGAGGACGGCGGCCGAGGUCCCCUCUGUCCCCGCACGGCCACCGCCAGCUCGGCCUCGCCACGCUGGGAACGAGCCCACCCGCCACGGGCAGAGCCAUCCCGGGGGGAGCCGAGCUCUUCAUGACAGAAACCCAGCCGGGGAGCGUCCGGAGCGGGGACGGCGGCUGCGCCUGGGGACGGGGAGGACGGCAGCAUUUGGGACAAGGACACCCGUGCCCCGUCCCCGCUGCUGCCGGCCAUGGGGAACGGCAUGAGCCAGAUCCUGCCCGGCCUCUACCUUGGGAAUUUCAUCGAUGCCAAAGACCCGGAGCAGCUAAGCCGGAACAAGAUCACCCACAUCGUUUCGAUCCAUGAAUCUCCCCAGCCCUUGCUGCAGGACAUCACCUACCUCCGCAUCCCCUUGCCCGACACCCCCGAGGCCAACAUCAAGAGGCACUUCAAGGAAUGCAUCAGCUUUAUCCACCAGUGUCGCCUGCACGGAGGGAACUGCCUUGUCCACUGCCUCGCCGGCAUCUCCCGCAGCACCACCGUGGUGGUCGCCUACGUCAUGGCUGUCACGGAGCUGAGCUGCCAGGAGGUGCUGGAGGCCAUCCGGACCGUCCGGCCCGUCGCCAACCCCAACCCCGGCUUCAAGCAGCAGCUGGCUGAGUUCGGCGGCGGCGCAGCCCGCAAGGUCCGCAGGCACCUGAAGCAGAGGUAUGGGGCAUCCCCUUUCAACGACGAGGAAGAAAUAAAGGCUUUGCUGCCAGCGGGGAGAGGAGGAUCAUCCAGGACGGAGGGAGCUCUGCAAGGACUGGUCCCAAGAGCCAGAGACAUCAGGAGCACGACUCCCUUCCUGCUGCGGGUGAAGAGGACGUUCUCCUGCAUCCCGGCUUGUCUGAAGUGACCCCAGCCCAGGGAGAGCAGCGAGAAUCACCCAACAGCCUGGGAGAGACGAAGGAGCCGCAGCACAGCGGGCCGGGGCAGCACUGUGCAGGGGAGCCGCGCCAAGCCCAGCUCCUUCUUCUCUUCUGGGGUGUGAGCGUGCCAUCCUCUGUCCUGGCUCGCGGGAUCUGUGCGCGCUGCCGGGCUUCGCAGCGCUCGGUGGGCUCAGCCUCUCCGCAGCCGGCGUUUUGGGGCUGCCCGGUGAAAGUAGCAGGUCGCUGCCCCCCCCAGGUCACCGCAGGCUCCGGCUUGGGGCAGAGUGAUGGAGCUGGGGGGGGGGGGGGGGGGGGGUGUUGCUCCUCCACCAGCAGCAGCUUUAGCACCUGGGGACCCCACUGCGUGGGCCUCGGGGCGCGCAGGGUGCGGGAGAGCCGGUGCUCCCCUCCGAGCGGUUUUCCCACCAGCAGCACAAGCUCCCAGAGCCGAGGCGGCUGCGGAGCGGGGACGCGCGGGUGCUUGAGCCGGUAAAUGCCACCGCACCAGCUCCCAGGCAGGGGUCCAGCUCCAGCCCCGCCAAGCACAAGCCCUGAAGCUUUAGGAGUCCAUCGCACCCCACUCCCACCCAUCCCAGGACACGAUCUUUAGAAAGGUGGGAACUAAGCAUUUAACCUGGCCAGACCUCACUAAAGCAGAGCCUUAAAGCCGUUUCGCUUAAAGACUUUCUAUGUUUUCCCCCCCACCCCCAGUAAUAAACACCUAUUCUCCGUG